AGACAGCCCUCCUGCAGCAGGCAACGCCGGCAAUAGCGCAGUGCAAUCUUUCAGCAGAUGCUUUGACAUUAGGUUUUCUUUUUAUAAAAACAUAAAAGCCAGCCAGGAGGAGGAGGAUUCGUUUUCAUACUAGACCCUGAUCGAGAUACGCCAGAGAUGCUGGAAGCUAAAGGCCUUGUGUAGAGAAGUUGGUGAUCCAGUCUGCUUGAGUGGGAUUUGAGCAGCCAUGGUCUGAUCACUGUUAACACAGACAGAAUCAUUGAAACAUCACCACAAACAGGGACAGGGAUAAGAGCAUACGCCAGCUUUAUAACGGCAGAAGCAGCAUGGCUCAAACUAAAAGGCACAUGUAUAGUCGGACCCCAAGCAGUGGGAGCGGCAGGAUGAGCUCGGACGGGGGUGUCCGACCGGUCAAGGUGGGCUCCCGCGUGGAGGUGAUCGGCAAGGGCUACCGGGGCACCGUGGCCUACAUCGGGGCCACCCUGUUCGCCACCGGGCGGUGGGUGGGGGUGGUCCUGGACGAAGCCAAGGGCAAGAACGACGGGACGGUCCAAGGCAAGAAGUACUUCACCUGCGAAGAGAACCAUGGCAUCUUUGUGCGCCAGUCCCAGAUCCAGAUGGUUGAUGAUGGAGCAGACACUACUUCUCCAGAGACCCCAGAAUCAUCAGUGCCCAAAGUCCCCAAACGAGAGCUUUUGGAAACGCCUAAAACAAGCAAGCUGCGAGGAGUGAAACCAAAAAAGACCCCAGCUCCCAGGAAGACCACCACCAGGCGCACCAAGCCGACACGGCCGUCCAGCUCGGCGGCCUCCAGCGGCACGGCGGGCCCCUCGGGGUCGGCCUCCGCCUCGGGGGGCGAGAUGAGCAGCAGCGAGCCCAGCACGCCCGCCCAGACGCCCCUGGCCGCGCCCGUUAUCCCCACGCCCAGUGCCUCUCUGCCUUCCCCGGGGGCUCCACAAGCCCCCGGCCCUAGCAAGGAGGAGGAGGCCCUGAAAGCACAGGUGAAGGACCUGGAGGAGAAGCUGGAGACCCUGAAAAUGAAGCGCAAUGAGGACAAGGCCAAGCUGAAGGAGCUGGAAAAGUACAAGAUCCAGCUGGAGCAGCUGCAGGAGUGGAAGAGCAAGAUGCAGGAGCAGCAGGCAGAUUUGCAGAAGCAGCUCAAAGAGGCGAAGAAGGAGGCCAAGGAGGCCCUGGAGGCCAAGGACAGGUACAUGGAGGAGAUGGCGGACACUGCCGACGCCAUCGAGAUGGCCACACUGGACAAAGAGAUGGCAGAGGAGCGUGCCGAGUCUCUGCAGCAGGAGGUGGACUCCCUGAAAGAGAAGGUGGAGGAGCUCACCAUGGACCUGGAGAUCCUGAAGCAUGAGAUUGAGGAAAAAGGCUCUGACGGCGCAGCCUCCAGCUACCAUGUGAAGCAGCUGGAGGAGCAGAACGGGCGCCUGAAGGAGGCCCUUGUCAGGAUGCGAGACCUGUCUGCCUCGGAGAAGCAGGAGCACGUGAAGCUGCAGAAGCAGAUGGAGAAGAAGAGCUCGGAGAUGGAGGCGCUGCGGCAGCAGAGGGAGAAGCUGGUGGAAGAGAUGCAGCAGGCCGAGAAGACCAUCGACGAGCUGAAGGAGCAGGUGGAUGCCGCCCUGGGUGCCGAAGAGAUGGUGGAGACGCUGACGGAGAGGAGCCUGGACCUGGAGGAGAAAGUGCGAGAGCUGCGGGAGACCGUCAGUGACCUGGAGGCCAUCAACGAGAUGAACGACGAGCUGCAGGAGAACGCGCGGGAGACGGAGCUGGAGCUGCGGGAGCAGCUGGACCUCGGGGCCGCCCGGGUGCGAGAGGCAGAGAAGAGGGUGGAGGCGGCGCAGGAGACGGUGGCUGACUACCAGCAGACCAUCAAGAAGUAUCGGGAACUGACCGCACACUUGCAGGAGGUGAACCGAGAUCUGAUGAGCCGACAGGAGGCGUCAGUGGAGCAGCAGCAGCAGCCCCCAGCUGAGAUGUUUGACUUCAAGAUUAAGUUUGCAGAAACCAAGGCAUACGCCAAGGGUAUUGAGAUGGAGCUGAGGAAGAUGGAGGUGAACCAGGCCAAUAGGCAGGUGUCUCUGCUCACGUCCUUCAUGCCGAACUCGUUUCUGCGCCACGGGGGAGACCACGACUGUAUUCUGGUGCUACUGCUCAUCCCCAGGCUCAUCUGCAAGGCGGAGCUGAUCAGCAAGCAGGCCCAGGAGAAGUUCGACCUGAACGAGAGCGGCGUGGAGCGCGCCGGCCUGCGCGGGGCGGCGGGCGAGCAGCUGAGCUUCGCCGCGGGCCUGGUCUACUCUCUCAGCCUGCUGCAGGCGACGCUGCACAAAUACGAGCAAGCUCUGAACCAGUGCAGUGUGGAGGUCUACAAGAAGAUCGGCCUGCUGUACCCCGAGAUGAGUGUCCACGAGCGCUCCCUGGACUUCCUCAUUGACCUGCUGCACAAGGACCAGCUGGACGAGACCGUGCACGUGGAGCCUCUCACCAAGGCCAUCAAGUACUACCAGCACCUGUACAGUAUCCACCUGGCUGACCAGCCUGAGGAUUGCACUAUGCAGCUGGCUGACCACAUCAGGUUUACCCAGAGUGCCUUGGACUGCAUGGCAGUUGAAGUGGGCCGACUGCGGGCUUUCCUUCAGACAGGACAGGAAGCUGCCGGUCUCGCCAUCCUGCUGAAGGACCUGGACACGUCCUGCAGCGACAUCCGGCAGUUCUGCAAGAAGAUCCGCCGCCGGAUGCCAGGGACAGACGUCCCCGGGAUUCCUGCCGCGCUUACCUUUGGGCAGCAGGUGUCGGACACUCUGAUGGACUGCAGGAAGCACCUGACCUGGGUGGUGGCCGUCCUGCAGGAGGUGGCUGCAGCCGGGGCCCAGAUGAUUGCUCCCUUGACUGAGCAGGAGGGGCUGUCGGCCCUGAAACUGGAGGACUUGGCCUUCAAGGCUGCAGAGCAGAUCUACGGCUCCCAGGGCAUUAACCCACACGAGUGUCUGCGCCAGUCCUGCAGUAUUGUCAUUGCCACCAUGAACAAGAUGGCCACUGCCAUGCAGGAGGGAGAGUACGACGCCGAGCGGCCGCAGUACAAGAACCCUCCUCCAGUGGAGCUGAGAGCCGCUGCUCUGCGGGCUGAGAUCACUGAUGCCGAAGGCCUGGGGCUCAAACUGGAGGACAGGGAGACCGUCAUCAAGGAGCUGAAGAAGUCUCUCAAAAUCAAGGGAGAGGAGCUGAGUGAGGCCAAUGUGCGCCUCAGCCUCUUAGAGAAGAAACUGGACAGCGCCUCCAAAGACGCAGAUGAACGCGUGGAGAAGAUCCAGACCAAGCUGGACGAGACCCAGACGCUGCUCAAGAAGAAAGAGAAGGAGUUUGAAGAGACUAUGGACGCUCUGCAGGCCGAUAUCGACCAGCUGGAGUCGGAGAAGGCAGAGCUGAAACAGCGCAUCAACAACCAGUCCAAGAUGACCAUCGAGGGGCUGCGAGGUCCCCCCGCCUCUGGCAUCGCCUCCAUCGUCACUGGCCUGGCAGGGGAUGAACAGCAGAAAGGAGGCACUGUGCCCGCGAUGGGGAUGGGUGCUGGCCCCAUGCAAGUCAUCGACUCUCCUCUCCUUCAGCAGCAGAUUGAGGCCCAGCGCCUCAGCAUCAAGAACCUCAAGAACGAGAACAACCGUCUUAAGGCUGAGAAGAUGAGCACCCAGCUGGCCUCCCUGCCGCCUCUGUGCGUCUCCAAGCUGCCGCUGAAGGAGGGCGUGAGGACAGAGGUGCUCUCCAGUGCCCUCUACCGCAAGACCAACCAGCUGCUGGAGACGCUGCUGCAGAUGAGCGCCAACACCAAGGUGGUGGACAUCACCGGCAAGACGCCAGUGAGCCCCAGCGUGCAGCUGCUGGAACAAACGGCUCGCCUCAAGUCCCUGAGUGACACGCUGGACAGGCUGAAGGAUGAAGUUGUGGAGCAUGUGGUGUCACAGAGGCCAGGUGGUCGUGUGCCCUCAGACUUCGCCACCUUCCCCUCCUCAUCCUUCAUCAAGGCCAAGGAGGAGAAGAAGGGGGACAUGGUGUACGUUGGGAAGGUGAUGGUCCCGUGCCCUAAGGGACAGGAGCAGGUGCACAAGCUUGUGCUGUCGCAGCCGCAGCUGCACAAAGUGCACCGGCUCCUAGGCUCCUAGGCCCCCGCCAGGCCCCCGCCAGCCCGGCUCUUCCCAGACCCCGCGGGCUGAGCCUGUUCUCCUCCACAGCGCCGAUUCUUCAGAGCUGCUCUUCACAGCACCCCUCAAGUUUGGGACCACUCGGAUUUCGUCAAUAUAGUUCAGCAACAUAGAGUUUUUUCUUUAGAAGUAAUUUUAGCGAACAAAAUCGAAAAGAAAAAUAAAAUCUGCGUUAUUCAUGAAACACCAUCAUAUGUUUUUAAAAAGUUUCCCAUCGCCACAACUUCAGAUUUAGUCUAGAUUCUACAUUUUUACUGAAUCUUGAUGUGAACUAAAUUGUGAAAUUGUUUAAUUGAUGUGAUACCCAUCACAUCUGUUAUACUCUGUUUAGUCAAAGGGUAUCUCAGAACUACUCAUAACAGUGAAAAUGUACUUUAUUCUUUAUUCCAUGUUAAAAAUACUCAUUGGCAAAAAAGUCCUUUAUGUUUCAUCAGAGGCCAGGACAUUGCAUUCCUGAAAAUGUCUUUUCAGCACGUUAUACCACCAGUCCAAUGGCUUGUCUAGUUAAUGGUUAUUUCCAUAUGAGUGGAGGUAGCUGCAUCUGAAACUGAAGUUAUUAAUUUAUUUACUGUAGUCUUUUUAUUUGAGAAAUGCGUUCAUUUGUUUCAGAAAAGUGUACUGAUCAUAAGAGUGUUCACUCAAGCAGUUGCAUGGAAAAGGCUAAAAUCCUUGCUUUGUGUAGGAAGGGUGUUCCUUAUGUCUUGAAUGAACUUAAGUAUUUAAGUGACCAGAUUUAUUAAGUUGAUUCUUGAAGGAAAUAAAGCUGUUAAGUAUUCUUAUUCACCUGGUGUUUGUUACGCAGCCUCAAACCCUUGUAGUUCGAUUCAAGUCUUUUGAAGUUGAGAUUUUAAAACUAAGCAAAAUGCUUUUCAGUUGCAUGGCACUUAUUACUAAUUGUUAAGCAGGGGUGAGCUGACAUGGGAGGUUUCCUUUGUAAAAAUCUGCAAAUACAGGAUUAUUCAGUUCACAGUUGUAACAUUAAAAGAUGGACAUGUGCAGUAUUUACUGUACCUUCAUAGUAUCUUUGACUGAAAACUGCUUCCUUUGUCUGUUCAGUAGCUUCACAAAACAGAGGAUAAGAAGAUAUAAAAUUAAUAACGCUUCAUAGGGAAAUGUAGCACCACAGCACCACAUUUCAUUAUGAGUAGUCUACUCCACUGUAGUUUAACAGAGUAGAUCUACUGAAGGCUCAUUUUUAAGUUUGACAUGAAAAUGAGAAGUCACUAUCAACAUUCAGACUGUACACAUGACUUUCAGUUAUAUAUGGAAAACUGUUUUGCAGUCUGUUUAAUGGUCUUUGCCCCUAGAAAAGUAAGGUUCAGUGGUCUUACAGUGGCCACAUUCAGUGCUCUCGCAAGUCAUGAGUUUGACACAGGACAGCUUUAAAUCGGAAUCUCCAGCAGUAUGAUGUUUGUAGUUGACAGGGAAAAAAUGCAUAGGUUGCAUAAGUACCUAUGCAUAGGUAAAACAUGUAUAACACUGUAUCCCUUAGGUUAAUAUUUCUUUCAGGGUAGAAGAUCAUUUUGUAUUCAACCAACACUCUGGGCUGAGUAAAAUGAGAACCUGCAGGAGAAUGUCUAGCGAUUCUCUGGUGAUGAGUAAAAUGAUGCAACAGCCUUAGAUAAUCAGCUUUUUCAGUAAAGCCUUAUUAAGAUGUCUUACUCUUCGAUAUUAGAUCAUUUGUAUGUACAGUAGCACGUUCCAGCAUACGUUACACUUGCCAAAGAACUUUUCUUUCUACAUGCCCAUCUUUUCUUUGUUUGCAGCUUAUCACUUCCAUCAGCUUCCUAAUACUGAGACAGCACUGACUGCGUCUGAGAUUAGAUCAGCAAAUUCCUGAUAGCAAGCCCACCUCCCAUUCCCAUGCCUCCUGUGUGUGUGCAUGUGCUGAAGCACUACAUUCAAUAUGGUGUAUCUUAGACCACACAUUGGUCAUGCUGUACUGUAACCGUACACUAAUAAUAAAGAUUUAUUAUUAAGGA